AUGGAGCGAGCGAAUCGCGAGCGAGGGGUGUGGGUGGAUGUGAUUUGGUUCGCGCCGAACGCGGCGGCUGUCGGCGAUUUUAAACGCGGCGCGGCGUGGACGACGGGAAUGGUCGCGGCGUACGGCGUGUUUCGACGCGCGAAGGCGUGCUUCGGGACGUUCGCGCGGUGUCGCGUGGUGCUGUGCGGCGAGGGGGGGGGGUCGGAGAUGGCGCGAGCGGUGGCGGACGCCGCGGGGGCGUCGAUUUCAAACGUCGGCGACGACGAGACGGUGGAUUUGGGCGAGCGGUGGCGAGGAACGUUGGCGUUCGCGUCGUCGAGCGGGAAAGAUAGGGUAGAAAUUCACGGGUUACGCGCGACGCGUUUGCAGCCGCGAGCGAGCGCGGAUGAUGGGGAGGAGGAGACGAUGGAUGCGACGGCGACGACGAGCUCGGCGCCGAGACCGCCCGCGCCCGCGCCGCCUAGAGCGAGCGCGUUGCGCGUGGUGGAAAUUGUGCGCGCGCGCGACAUCCCGAGCGUGUACUUGAGCUCGACGUUAUCUCUGUGCGUGCGCAUGGACGACGUCCCGGAGUCGCGAGACGUGCGCGAGGCGUUGUUUUCGUCGUGGAGCGCGGCGUUCGCGGACGCGCCGACGCCAGGCGACGUCCCGGCGAUGGUAGUGAAGACUCAAUGGAUGAGCGGCACGGCGGCGCGGCGUCAGUACCGCGACGUGUCGAGCGACGGACAACUCGACGCUACGCCGAUGCUGCUCUAUCCCGUGCGCCGCGGUGCCGAUGGGUUAGAGUUUCAUCUUCGUGCGUUCGCGACGGUGCCCGAAUUGUUGCGGCGUCUCUCCGCGAGCGCGGGCGCGAGUGGGUUGAACAAAGUCAACGUCGCGAUGGACAACAUGAGCACACUCGCACGUCAAAACGCAUUAGACGAAGCGGAUCACGCGCUCGGUUUACUCAGCGCUCGACAGAGCGUCAAGCUCAAGGAUAUCGUGGAAGACGCAGACGUCGUCGAAGACGUGAACGAAGACGUGUACAAAGACGCCGAACCGAAUUUGGUACCGCUCGACGAAGCGAUCUCGCCCGAGAUCGGUGCCGUGAAGAGCUCGCAAAUCUUUUCCGCCGUCGCUGCGGCGUCGCGUGGGACCAGAUCGAGCGAAGGCGAUGCGUACGCCGCGUAUGCGCGGCGAUGGGAUCGCGGCGGCGAAGCGACGCGCGUCGGCAUUCGCGUCGAUCCCGGCGCGACGAAGGCUACGAAUACCGCCGCCUCGCACGCGUACGCGCUACGAUUCGACGAUAUCGCGGAUAGAUUGAUGGACGUGAACGAAUCCAGCGUGUCAAAUCCGACGUCUCGUCGUGUUGGCGAACAAGACGCCCUCGUCGAAGGGUUCCUCAUCGAGACGUUUUCGAAAUCAAUCGACGUCGCGAUGUCGCAAUUCGAUCAAAACGCCGCGGCGGCGACCAUUCUACCGAGAAUAGGUCGAUCGAACGUCGUCGAAGACGCCGAGGCGCGUGAGAAGUCGUUCCGUCAGCUCAUCAGCGAAACGGAUGAGGACGCGAGAGCGCAGCGUCGCGCCGAACGCAAGCGACAGAUCGAAGAACGCAGGGAGAAGACUUUCUUGGCGCUCGGUAUACGCAAACCUUCGACGGCGACGACGACAUCGUCCUCGAUCAUCGAGCGCGACGCCAUCGCGCGUCCGCGCGCGGCGGCGGCGGCGCAACAGUCGCAACGUCACCAGGCGCUCGCGUUCGACGCCGUCGCCGCCGACGCGCGAGAUCCGCUCAAGGAAAACCACGUCGCAAAAUCAUCGUCUAUUUCGUGUCCCGCGUGCGCGUGCGCGCUCAACCAUCCCGUAGGCGCCGUCGCGCUCAAGUUUUGUUACGAGUGCGGCGCGAAAUUGUAA